AUGGUCUCAUUAUAUUUGCUGACGCUACUAUGGCGCUCCCUACUUGCGACAAGCUCAUAGUGGCUGACGUUGUGCUGCAUUUAACCGGUCUGCCAUCAGCACGCCCUUAGAUCGUCGCUCAAUCUGCGAACACUAUCGCCCUCAUCUGGCACCGGCAAGACGGGAAGUCUCGUAGCUCAGUAGUCAUGAGAAACUAUACCCUGAUUGCAGCACUGACCGGAGGUGGCAGCAUCAGCAUGCUACUUAAGGAAGCCACUGACCCAGAGCAGCAGUUCAACAGAUUACAAGCUUCUCAAAUCAGCUCACCAUGCUCUUCUCGACCGUCUAUGCCGCAGCUGCGCUCUUUGUGGCUCAGGCUGCCGCCCAUGGCGCGGUGACGAGCUAUGUCAUCGACGGUGUCACUUAUCCAGGCUACACUGGCUUCUCUCCAGCUACGUCGCCAAAGACCAUCCAGCGCCAAUGGCCUGAUUACAACCCCACUUUGACCGUAACCGACAAGAAGGUCAUGUGCAAUGGUGGCACUUCCGCAGACCUGUCAGCCAAGGUCGCUGCUGGUGGAAAGAUCAGAGCUAUCUGGGCCCAGUGGACCCACGAGCAAGGCCCAGUCAUGGUCUGGCUGUACAAGUGUGCUGGCGACUUCGCGAACUGCGAUGGUAGUGGAAAGCAGUGGUUCAAGAUUGAUCAGGAGGGUAUGACCGCACCACCUCUCAGCGGAACAUCUUGGGGCACAGCCAAAGUCCUCAAGCAACUGUACUGGGAGUCCACCGUCCCCAAGUCGCUCGCACCAGGUAACUACCUUGUCCGUCACGAGCUUCUCGCUUUGCACCAGGCCUUGAACCCUCAGUUCUACGCCGAGUGCGCUCAAAUCCAAGUCACCGGCUCAGGCACUGCGCAGCCCAGUGGUGACUACCUCGCCAAUAUCCCCGGAUAUGCCGCCCAGAGUGAUCCUGGCAUUACAGUCAACACUUAUGCAGAUAAGAGCACGACUUACACGCCGCCUGGGCCCAAGGUCUGGUCGGGCUAGAUAUGUUUAUCUAACUUGUGUUGGGUUGGGCACAAUGAAGCCGAGUCGCAACCACUCCACUUCUGAAGAUCUGUAUUUUUGAAAGACACACAAACUUGAGUGAGUUGGGACGCGUUCAUUGGCUGCCUUGGUAAACAUAAGGUGCGAAACGGUACCGAAGGCAAGCUUAGCUAGUCUUGUAACAGACUGUGAAAUGGUAUUCGUCGCAGUACACCUUGUUCCCUAGUCACUUCCUCUUUUUUGCGCUCCGGAACGCCUUCUCUUUCCCGAUGGAUUUCUCGGUUCCUUCCCAGCGGAUCUACCCAACCCUCUCCUUCCUCUUCGUCGUACUCCGCACAAUACGUUCGCGGUUUCCACGGUUCGUAAAACCCACAGUUUGCGGUCUCUUAGCUCUGCUAGCUCCUGAAUCUUAAGUACCACACUGAUAUUAUUGUCGACUUGUUCAUCC